AUGGCUGCAGAGCCCAUCUCAAACACCCUUCUUGGCUCCAAGAACAAGAAGGUCGCCUACUUCUACGACUCUGAUGUCGGCAACUAUGCCUAUGUCUCGGGCCACCCUAUGAAGCCUCAUCGCAUACGUAUGACACACAGUCUUGUGAUGAACUAUGGCCUCUACAAGAAAAUGGAGAUCUACCGUGCAAAACCCGCUUCAAAGUAUGAAAUGACCCAAUUCCACACCGACGAAUACAUCGAUUUCCUAUCCAAGGUGACACCAGACAAUAUGGAUCACUUUUCAAAGGAACAGAGCCGCUACAAUGUUGGCGACGACUGCCCCGUCUUCGACGGCCUUUUCGAAUUCUGCGGAAUUAGCGCCGGAGGCAGUAUGGAAGGCGCCGCACGACUGAACCGCAACAAAUGUGAUGUUGCUGUUAACUGGGCUGGUGGUCUUCAUCACGCUAAGAAGAGCGAAGCAAGUGGUUUCUGUUAUGUCAAUGAUAUUGUUCUCGGUAUUCUUGAGCUUUUACGGUUCAAACAGCGAGUCCUUUACGUUGAUAUCGAUGUUCACCACGGCGAUGGCGUUGAAGAAGCUUUCUACACGACUGAUCGCGUUAUGACCGUCUCUUUCCACAAAUACGGCGAGUACUUCCCCGGUACUGGUGAACUUCGCGACAUCGGUGUUGGGCAGGGCAAGCACUACGCGGUCAAUUUCCCUCUCCGCGAUGGUAUCAAUGAUGUCUCUUACAAGAGCAUCUUCGAGCCCGUCAUCAAGAGCGUGAUGGAGUGGUAUCGCCCAGAGGCUGUGGUCCUCCAGUGUGGUGGUGACAGUUUGUCUGGUGAUCGUCUUGGCUGCUUCAAUCUGAGCAUGCGAGGACAUGCCAACUGCGUCAACUUCAUCAAGAGCUUUGAUCUGCCUACCCUGAUUCUUGGCGGCGGUGGCUAUACUAUGCGUAACGUUGCCCGAACUUGGGCUUACGAGACCGGUAUCCUUGUGGGAGAGGGCCUCGAAUCGGAACUGCCAUAUAACGACUACUAUGAGUACUUCGCUCCUGAUUACGAGCUUGAUGUCCGCCCUUCCAACAUGGACAAUGCCAAUACCAGAGAGUAUCUGGACAAGAUUCGCAACCAGGUUAUUGAAAAUCUCAAGCGCACGGCAUUUGCUCCCUCGGUCCAGAUGACAGAUGUGCCACGCAAUCCCAUCUUAGACGGCAUGGACGACGAGGCUGAUGACGUUAUGGAUGACCUUGAUGAUGAUGAAAACAAAGACAAGCGAUUCACCCAACGACGCUUCGAUCAAUACACAGAAAAGGCCGGUGAGCUUAGUGACAGCGAAGACGAAGAAGAAAACGCCGCCAAUGGUGUUCGUCGCCAGCCAGGUGCCAUCCGUCGCCGCAACCAAGCCAACUAUCGAAACCUCGAGCCGGACUCUGGGCUGGACAGUGGCAUGGCCACGCCGCAAGAUGCCUCAUCUGCGGCUGAUGGGGAAAUGGAUUCUACCACGGACGCUAAAAUGGCCGAUGCCCCACGCACUGAACCGGAAGCAGCUACUACCCCCGCCCCAAAGGCCUCGCUUAUCGAUGAAACCCUCGUUACUGAUGCUGAUCGUGGCGCCGUGGGAAGCGAAGAGCAGGCAGACUCUACAACAUCGCAACGCCAGUCACUUCCUCACGAUGAGGACACAACCAUGGAGGAUGCUGCUGUUGCUGCCGAGCCCACUGCACUGCAGCAAGCUACUCAUCAAGACGAGAUCACCAAUUCAGCUGCAGAGGCUCCCCACGCCGAAAAUUCCGCUGCCUCCCCUGCGCGAGUCAAGUCGCCCUUGAACGAAGCUGUCGUCAAGGAUGUAGAACCCUCCGCGGAACUUGCUGCACCUGCUGCAGAGACUGACGCGAUUACUGCCAAGGAGGAGAAACUGGAACACACCGAAGAGCCCAAGAAAGAGGCGUAA